UAAUAAGUCGACAACAGUGCACUGAGCGCACGUUUUGCAUUAAACAAAUGAAGAAGAAAGUAAAAACAAAAGCCGUGCCGCUUCCCAUGCACGUGGAUAGCGACGAGGAUGUAAAAGAGGAAACACCAGCAGCUAAUGACAGCACAGACAAAAAUAUUGAGGCAGAUUCCGCCUCAAAUGCAGCUGAGGAUGAUGAUGAUGACGAUGAAAUGGAUUUGGGCAACUUCAACGCCAGCGCCAAAACAGCGACAGUUGCAAAGAAACGCAAGAAGGGCAUCAUUUAUAUAUCAAACAUACCAAAACACAUGAACGUAACGCGUCUACGUGAAAUUCUUGGCGGUUUUGGCAAAAUUGGACGUGUCUACUUGCAACCAGAGAAACAGCUGGGAGGCGAUAAGAAGGCCAAAAAGAAUAAGCGAAAACGUUACAAUAUACACUUUACCGAGGGCUGGGUGGAGUUUGAAUCGAAGCGUGUGGCCAAGCAAAUUGUGCCAUUGCUGAACAACAAACAAAUCUCAUCGCGGAAAAAGUCACAGUUCUACGAUUCGCUGUGGAGCAUGAAGUAUUUGCCGCGCUUCAAGUGGGUGCAUCUAACAGAGCGCAUGAACUACGAGCAAGCAGUGCACAAACAGCGGCUGCAGACGGAGGUAUCACAGGCGCGAAAGGAGACAACAUUCUUCCAGAAUAAUCUGGACAAGAGCGAGCACUUAAAGAAGCUCGCAAAGAAAGCCAAAAAACUGGAAAGUGGUGGCAACAAGGAGGCGUAGUAGCAACAUUUGAAAUUCACUUUUUUUUUACUGAUUUAAAAUACAUAAGUUGGCGCUAAUAACGCUGUUAAUUUAAA